UAGGCCAAAAAGUUGUAAUCGCCACUCAUUGCAAUAACGUUAAGCUCAAUUUCGCUGACCAUUUCAGAAUUAACAAAUCAAAUCUAACCGAAAAGUACUUCCUUCAAAAAUUCUCCAGAAAACAGGACAAUCGGGCAACCCUAUCCAUCCAGUGUUGAUUGAAAUUGAUUCUGCGCUCCUGCGAACAUCAUAUUGACAUCUGUUUACAACAAAGUAAAGGAAUUGUUGUAAACCAAACGAAUUGAAUCUAAAGUAUGCCCACAAUAGGCAAUACUUUAAUCCAAGGACCUUCGUCUUGUUGCUCUGACGAUUUGACUUCCGAGAACGAGAAAUCAACGCUUCCAAUUGGCGAAAGAAAAUUCUUCAGUGAAAUUCCACAAACGCCAAAGAUGAAAUUCGAUUCAGCGGUGCCGCAGAAGACUAGCCUCCACGGUAGGAAUACCUUCGCGUUUUGGUUACUCGUCUCGCUGUUGUUCAUCCUUGCUGUUGGGAAUCUCUUGAUUACCAUCACAAUCGUGGGAGUUCUGAAGAUGGGGAAGGGUAUCCACGGUCUGGAGUUAAUCGAGAAUGAGGACUCUGUGAAGUUCUUCGGAACAGCUGAUUUGGAUAGGAUUUACAAGCGCGACGGAGCCUUGGAAGGAUUCAUGGACCAACCGGUUAGUAUCAGUGGCGAGGAUGGUCCGGUUCUCGUGAAUUUCAUCCACCGUAGCGGACACACGCAGAACAAGCUGGCGGUCGGCAAAGUUGGAGUACAAUUUCGUGGCGUGGAUAAGUUUGAUAUUAAAGACCCCGUCUCAGGGGAAGUUAUAUUCACGACCCAUCGCCCGCAUUACAAUAUUCCCAAGGGUGCGGAUAACUUGCAGGCGAAAGUUGUGAGUACGAGUCGCAUCACAAGUCCUUUGAAUAAAACUCUUUCGAUUGUUUCGGACGAGAAGAUAUCUGUUCGCGGCUCGGAGGGGUUGUUUUUGGAGUCCAUGGACGCCUCCUUUAAAGCGGAACAGAAUAUUGUUUUGAAGGCUAUGAAUGGGUCAGUUGUUCUCAGUGGAAAUGAUGGUAUCUAUUUGGAUGUUGAGAACAUUCCGGUCGUGAACUCUGAUCAUGGGAUUCGAACGGGAAGCGUCCAGUACAAACUAUGUGUUUGCAUGCCCCAAGGAAAGCUGUUUAAGGUGGCUGUGCCAAGGAUUCAUAAUGGGAAGAUUACGUGCCUGCAUUUUAAUCCGCAGAAUGAUCCUUGCAUGUGAGAGGUGAAGGUGAGGUGGAGGCUAACGCAUAUCUAGUCAAAACGGAAGCGGUGCAAUACUAAUUUUAAUAGGAUUUAGGAGGAAAGUAUCAUUAGGAUGCAGUUCAGUUGCGAAGCGCACAGAAGGAUCCUAGACAGUGCAAUAUUUCCUGAAGGUACUUAACUUUAUUUUACUUAAGCGAAUUUCAACAUCCUUAAAAUGUAACGUAUCCUAAUUUGAUAAUUAUGUUUAAUAUAUACGUUGAAUGCUGUCGAAA